UAUUAUGUUCUUGUAGGUAUCAAUGUCUAAAUAUCAUAAAUAUACCUCUUUGGUCACAGAAGCACCGCAAGUCAACAUGGAGAAUGCAUCAUUAUCCACCACCACUUCCUCCACCUCUACCACCAUCACCACCACCACUUCCUCCACCUCUACCACCACCACCACCGGUUGUUCCUCUGUGUCGUCUACCUCCACCUCCUCUGCAUCAACCACAGAGAUCAUGAAAUGCGGUGGAAAGGAAGUGAAACCUGAAAAGGGGUUAAAAAGAGCUCAAAAGGGUAAUAAUGGCAACGAACAAAAGAAACAGAAUAAAAAUGGUGAUGGUGGUGAACAUCCGAUGUAUCGUGGUGUGCGUAUGAGGAGUUGGGGCAAAUGGGUGUCUGAAAUCCGUGAGCCACGAAAGAAAUCAAGAAUAUGGCUUGGAACCUUCCCAACAGCUGAGAUGGCAGCUCGGGCUCAUGAUGUAGCGGCUAUAGCCAUAAAAGGUCGUUCGGCUUACCUUAACUUUCCUGAAUUAUCCCACCUACUUCCACAACCAGCCACCACAUCACCAAAGGACAUCCGGGAAGCUGCCAACAAGGCUGCCGCCACAUGUGGUGGAGAUGAAUCUGAGCCACCAUGUCAACCCAUGCUUUCUCAUUCUCACUCGUCCACAACUUUAUCAUCAUCAUCAUCAUGUAACAUUCAUGAUUCGGUCACAUCGACAUCAAAUCAAGAAGAUGACACAUUUUUCGACUUGCCUGACCUUGCUCUUGAAAACGCCGAUCGAAGUGAUGCUUUCCGUUUCUACCCUUCAUCUUGGCAAUUAGAGGCUGGAGCAGAUACAGGGUUUCGGCUUGAAAGUGAAGAGCCGUUUCUUUGGCACAUUUACUAGUGAAGAGAUAUGGUUAUUUAAAAAUUAUACAUUAAUUCUUCAAAGUUACCAUAUUUACUAAUCACAUUCCCUGUAAAUUCAGCCAACAUAGCAAAAGCCAGAAAUUUAGGAUUGAUUUAUUGUAGGACACAUCACCUGUAUUUUUAUAUUUGUAGAUCUUUUAUAAAAUAAAGGAUAAUUAUUAGAGGAAAAAUAUGGAAACUAUUUACGGUAAAAUUCUAAAUUUGGCCAUUAUAUCUUGUUAUUAAAUAAAAUACAAAAAUCGAUCUUUGAUAUAUUAA